AUGCUGCAGCAAAACCAAUCAAUGUCACUCGAUGUGAAGAAUGUUAUUAAGUCCUCCAACUCCACACCGACACCAACACCCACACCCACACAGAUGACAGCGCUGCCCGCGCCGCAGCGUCCCUCAUCGCCUCGUCAAUUCUUCGAACGUCUUUACGGUCAUCUCGAGACACGAACACACAAUAGCGAAAGCGAUGACAUCGAUGUGGGCACUCACCAUGAGACGCUAUACCAGAGCGAUGCUGGCAGCGCAUCCUCUCCAGAUAUUUCGAUAAGUGACGAACGCGGCUCAUUUAUCAGUUUUCCGUCUUACGAACUAAUCGCUCCUCCGCCGGAAUAUAAUGGCUAUAGAACCAUUUCAAAUGAAGCUUCACCGUCCCUUUUACCAUAUCCGACAUUUUCUGCUGAUGUUCAAAUCAACGCUGGAUUUUCAGCAUUUCUGGCACGACGUCGACGCAAGGAGGGGCGACAGAGGCGGCAGCGCACCACAUUUAGCACGGAGCAAACGUUGCGGCUGGAGGUGGAAUUCCAUCGGAACGAGUAUAUAUCAAGAAGCCGACGCUUUGAGCUGGCGGAGACGUUGUGCUUGACUGAAACACAAAUCAAAAUAUGGUUUCAAAAUCGACGCGCUAAGGAUAAGCGUAUUGAGAAGGCGCAAAUCGAUCAGCAUUACAGGAACUUUGUCGUGGCCAAUGGUUUUAUGAGCACUAUCAUGGGACAAACGAGUUACGCGACGGCUGCUCCGGCUAACAGCACAGCGGCGGCAGCGGCCAUGUUAGGCAGUAGCUACUAUGGAGCACCGGCGUCAUUGCCGUCCCUGCUGCCUACGCCGCUGCCCAAGGAUAGGCUCAUAAAUAACGCACACAGUGCAAAUGGUAAUUAUGUUGACAUCGCGGACCACCACCAGCAACAACAUCAAGACCAUGUGCCAUCUGACCAACAGCAGCAGCCGCAGCAGCACCGCCGCAGCCGUUUAGUGCCUCCGCCAACGCUUAUAAAUUCGUGUUAG